CUGAAAAUUGAUUAUUGAAUUUUUUUAAUGUACUCACACAAACGAUGACGGAGUAUAAAGAACCUAUUUGAAGUUUGAUUUUCCGGAGAGAAACCAGUAAGAAAGACAGGAGACUCAACACUAUCAACAUGACAGAGGAACUUGGUUAUUUGUAUGUUUGGAGACAUUCAUGGGAAUAAUACAUAUGUUUUUUGAAUCUAUCCAGACCUUUCAAUAGUGUAAUUGCUAUUGUUAUUCGUUUUACACAUAAAGAAGAAAUGGCAGCUGUUUCUGGGACAUCGAUCUUAAUGCUUUCCAGGGACCCUAAGAAUUUCCAGAGGUGGCCUUUUAGUAUAUUCCAGUUGCAGCCAAUAAUAUCAAAUGUGUUUGGAUAUCGCCAGAAACCUUGGGUUCAACAACUUUUUUCUCAAAAAUCGAAGAUGGACACUUCAAGCCAGGCUCUUAGUGCAUUUUCUCUCUGCACUACAAAGAAGUCCAGGGCAAAAUUUCUGACAAAGCAAAUUAGAGUUUUUUCCGCAGAAUCUUCCGAAGAUCAGGCUUUGAGCACUACAUUGCAAUCUGAUGUACAACUGCAGGGAUAUCUUGACGAUACUGUCCAGGAAAGCAUAUCUUCUGUGAAGAGUGAUUCUGUACCUCAUGUUGAAACCAGUAAUGGGAAAUCAGGUUUUAUUUCUUUCUAUGGAGGCACCCAGGAUAAUCUGUUAGGAGCAAUGAACAAUACAUCUGCCAAAGAAAGGCAGUUUCCUUUCAUAUGGCAUUUGGGUCCAGCAGUACUGGUAACAUCUAUUAUGCUGCCACCGCUUUUCUUCAGAAGAAUUUUUGAAUCAGUGCUUCCGGAUUCUCUUUUGGCAGAUUUUCUCAUAAUGUUUUUCACAGAAGCUUUCUUCUACGCUGGAGUUGCUGUCUUUAUACAGCUUACUGAUAAUUUGCAGAGACCCUUUUUGAAGUUCACAUCAAGUGAAUGGGGCUUAAUUAACAAAUUAUUUCGGAAAAGGGGCCCUUCAGUUGCCAACUUAUUGCUCAAUGUAUCAAUGCCUCUUGUUUGUAUGGUUAUAGUAUGGGAAUGGACAGGACUUGCAUCACUUGCUGCAUUUGCACCAUAUUUGGUUGGCUUAUUAAUCCAGUUUGCAUUUGAACGAUAUGUUGCACAUAAAAGGACAUCUACCUGGCCCAUUGUUCCCAUUAUUUUUGAGGUUUACAGACUUCAUCAAUUGAAUAGAGCUGCCCAACUAGUAACAUCCUUGAUAUUUUCGAUUAAAGGUUCAGAGGUUGCAGCGCAGACAAUGGCAGUAAAUAGAUCAUUGCAAACACUGCUUGAUGUUAUACAAGUUCUUGGAAUUUUUUGCAUUUGGUCUUUGGCAGAUUUUCUGAUGAAGCUGUUUCCAUCCCAUCCAGAGUGCUCUGCUUGAAUUCAUCAUAUAGCUUUAGUGGUAAUGAGUGUUUCAGGUAUAAAUAACCUCUACAUAUAUUGGAUGCCUCUAAUGGUAAAAUUCUUUCCAUCUUGAAUUUCAGGAUUAGAAGCAACUAAGUGGAGAUUCGACAUGUAGAUUUCUCUUACCACUUAUUGGUCAUUAGAUUGUGUGCGGAACCUUGUUGAAUGAUAGAAAAUUUAAUCUAAACCAUCCACAAGUUGAGGAAUAUGAGGAGAUGAAUUGGUAAAAAGUACUUGACCAACAGAUUUUGAUGUUACAAAUCUGAAAACAAAGUCAGUUUGUAAGUUGACAGUUGCAACAAGACAUGUAUGAUUAACAUAGAAUUGUUGAAAAAUGCUAAAUCACUUGGGUGUGUGAUGCCCCCAGUUAAAUUUCUGUCUUUGGUUACUUGUAUAUAUGUCCUGUAGAUUGUUAAUGGACUAAUAAAAUGAUCACUGCUAGGGUUUACUUCU